CCGCCCCCCCCCCUCGCUGAGAGCCGCCGCCGCCCCCGCCCCCCCUUUUCCCUCGCUGAGAGCCUGAUAGCCGCCUCCUCUCGGUGUCGUCGCCUCUUCAACGACCGGCCGGCGGCUCUUCGCGUCCUUCUCCCCCGGACGGCAACCUCCGCGGCUCCGGUCACCGACUCACAGUCACCGUCGGAAUGGCGGGCAAGAAGAGAAAGGAACAGCGGCAAACCCUAAAGCACCGGGAGGCUCUCGAUGCUGACGACUCCGUUGUCUCGAAGAAGCGCGCUCGCCCUUCAAAAGAACACCAACACCAGUGCCAAGACAAGUUGAUCUCUUCGGAUCUUAGCUCCAAGAUCCUGAAAGAAGCCCUCCAACAGCAGAAGGAAAUCCUUCAAGAAGACGAGGAGCGGAACCCCACUCCCUUCUCCGCUGUCUCAGUCGGCCCCUCCCCCGCAUUCGACAGCGACUCGGAAGACGUUGAUGGCUUUGAUGGGUUCUCUGAGACCCAGAGUCAGUAUGAUGUCGGCGAGGUUGAAAUUGAUGAGGAGGAUGAGAAGGUUUUGGCGGCAUUCAUGCCCGGUAGUGCUGGUUCCCAGCCAACCCUGGCAGAUCUCAUCAUUCAAAAGAUCAAAGAAAAGGAUUCUGCGGUCACUGAAGCACGGCCCCUCCCUAAUUUGGACAGUGGUAUCAUAGACCUAUAUAGGGGGGUUGGCAAGCUAUUAAGCAGGUAUACAAGUGGGAAAAUUCCUAAGGCAUUCAAACACAUUCCAGCGCUAGAACUUUGGGAGGAUAUAUUAUAUCUAACAGAGCCAGAAAAUUGGUCCCCAAAUGCAAUGUAUCAAGCAACAAGAAUAUUUGCUUCAAACUUGACUUUGAAGAAAGUCCAGCGUUUCUACAAUCUUGUUCUACUCCCACGUGUAAGGGAGGACAUCAAAAAGAACAAAAGACUUCAUUUUGCUCUAUAUCAGUCGCUGAAAAAGGCCCUCUAUAAGCCAGCUGCCUUUUUCAAGGGAAUUCUAUUGCCAUUAUGCCAGUCAGGGACAUGCACUCUUCGAGAAGCAGUUAUAAUUGGAAGCAUAAUUCAAAAAGUUUCUAUUCCUCCUCUUCAUUCUAGUGCAGCUUUGAUGAAUCUGGCAAAGAUGGAGUAUUGUGGCACAACUAGUUAUUUCAUCAAGCUAUUUUUAGACAAGAAGUAUGCCUUGCCAUACCGAGUGCUCGAUGCUGUUGUUGCACAUUUUCUGAGGUUCCUUGAGGAUGAAAGAAUCAUGCCUGUGAUAUGGCACCAAUCACUUCUUGCAUUUGUCCAAAGGUAUAAGAAUGAACUGGAGAAGAAGGACAAGGAUAAUUUUGUUGGCCUAGUUCAAUACCAGAAACAUCAUUUGGUUACUCCCGAAAUCCAUAGAGAGCUUAAAAAUAGCCGAAAUCGUGGCGAAAAGGAGGAUGAUGUCAUGUCAAUAUCUUCUAUUUCCAUUAUCAAUAAACCAAUUGAAGAAGAUAGAUGGGAUUUCCCAGAAGUUCCUAUGGAGGAGGAUUAAAUGCAGAUGGUUCGCGUGUCCAAUAUUUUGAGCUCAUUUGGGCUGCUGCAGUGUAGAAUUCAACAGAUGGUUAAUUUACUGCUGAAAUACUGCAAACAGAUAUUGUUCGAUAUCAUGCGUUUACUGGGCCGUUGAUGGUGCUUCUGUUUGCAGAGUUGCAAGAAACAGAAAUAUGCAAGUUAAAGCAAGUUUUCAUUGGAUCAGUGCUGUGACUAACCAUGCUUUUUUUUGUUACCGUAAUGAUGUUCAUUUUGUUUCCCUCUGGCAUCUUAAAUUAAUUCUUGUUUUUAUUUUUUUUAUAAUGAAGGGCUUAUUGAGGGUGAAAUUGCUGAGGGAGUUUACCUGGACCUUCAAUUUUGGUGUCCAUUCAUUUGUGGGAUUAGGAAUGCCACAUGUACUUAUAAAGCCAAUGCUAUACUUAACUUCCAUUAUGCUUGGUUUUUUGUAGUUUGGAUUUUCUACUAGGUAACUCCAGCCCAUUUGCAUUCUUUACUUGUCAAGACUGCAAGAGUCUCCAACCUCGCGUCAGAUACUAUACUUCGAUCCCUGGGUGGGAAAUCGUGCAGUACCGUUCCAAAAUUUGCCGACGAGACUGAUGGUCACAAUGUGUGAUGGAUUGUGAGCUGAAUCUUGCUUGCGAAUUGCAUGCCCCAGAUUUGUUGGAGAAUUGGUUUUCUUAAUAAUUUGGAACAAGUUUGUGUUGGCCUAUUUUUUCUAUCUCAUUAACUCAGAAAAUUGUCAUCAUUAUCAUUGUCA